AUGCUGCUUAGUACGCACAACUCGGCGGAUCUAGGCAACGCGAGUUUCUUGUCCCUCAAUGAUAGCCGGUACAUUGCUGAUCGCACGGCAUUGCGAAUCGCGUUCCAUGGAAAGGUUCCUCUCCUUGACUUUGACGUCAAAGAUAUCGACAAGAUCAUGCCGUUAGUUGCAUGGCGUCAACUCUCUCAUCGGCUCAGCAACGCGGUAGAAGAGCACAUUACUUACGUGAGCGCGCCUAUGGCCCACCAACUUUGGUCCGAAAACAUCCAGAAGAAAGCAAAGUACAUCGCUCUCCUUGGGACCAAAGCCACGCAGAGUCUGGCCAUGCCUAUCUUCAAAGUUUCGCUAGCUUUGGGUAUCUCAGUGCAAAGAAAGAUUGGCAACAUAGUGGUCGUCUUGCGGAACCCUCUCAAGAAUACCAAUCAAAGGGUUGACAUCGAGCUCGCUGACUUGUUUAGUCGGCUAUUUGCAAUCCAGGACGUCGAACGCGGCCUUCUCAUCUCGCACAUUCUCAAAGGCAGCUUUUCCGAUAUGAGAGACAUGUUGGAAGGAGUCAACAUUCGGGUUCCCUUGGACAGCUUCGACCUCAACAUCUCUAGAGGCGUGUCCAGCUCAGUGAACAACCUGACUGAAGAUCCCGCCGCCAUGUACAGAGAGUUGGCUAGUGCAAAUGCGGUUCCUGGAGAUGUUGCCAGGCAGUCGGUUCCGAUGAUGUCACACGCUCAGGUCUACGAUACAGAUUUUGAGGACUAUGAUUCAGACUACGACCCCCAAUCAUACAGGUUCGCGGAAGUCGGCUUUACGGCAGAAGAUUUUCCAGAGAAGCAUUGGACAAGCCAUCUUCGAAAGAGAUGUGGUUACUCGGACUUCCUCGGUGAUGAGUCGACCACAGCUGAUUUUACCUACACGAACGACGGAGGGGAAUACAUGCUCCCGCUACUUCACAAUGUGGGCAUCGUCGAGGAGACUUGGUUCCGCCGAACCAUCACGUACCACAUGGAAGUGAAGGGAACGGUUCGCGGACUCGAGGAGCCUUUCCAACUCAGUCAGAAGCAGAUGAAUUUGCGCUUGGAUAAGAGCAAGAUACCGAAGGAUGUCUUCAUUGUCAUCCUAGUCUACGAAGUCGAGGGAGACAAGCCCAGCUUUCGUUUCUACCUCGACCCGUGGACUAAGAUCUUCGAUGGAGGACUGGUGCUGACAUCGGAUCAUGGAUACUGCGUCGCCCCUUCGGUCGCAAGAUGGACCUGA